AUGAAGCUGAACGAGCGGAGCGUGUCCCACUACGCCACCUGUGACUCGCCCGCUGACCACGCUGGCUUCCUUCGCAAGCGGGUGGAGCGGCACCACCACCAUGCCCACCACCACCACACCACCUCCUACCAGCGCUGCUGGUUCGUCCUCAAGGGCAAUCUCCUCUUCUACUUUGAGGAGCGGGAGAGCCGGGAGCCUGUGGGGCUGGUGGUGCUGGAGGGCUGCACUGUGGAGCUGUGUGAGGCCGCCGAGGAGUUCGCCUUCGCCAUCCGCUUUGAUGAUGCUGGUGCCAGGGCUUACGUGCUGGUGGCUGAUGGGCAGGCUGCCAUGGAGGCUUGGGUGAAGGCACUGUCGCGGGCCAGCUUCGACUACAUGAGGCUGGUGGUGAGGGAGCUUGAGAAGCAGUUGGAGGAGGCCUGCAAGAGCUUGGCUGCUUGCCGUAAGUCUCCGCGGAGGUCCUCCUCCUCGGGCAGGAAGAGGCACCUCUCCAACCCUGCCUUGCUGUCUCUCCAGGAGAAACCUGCUGUCUUGGAGAAUGGCUACUCCAUGUGGGGUAGUAGUAGUGGUGGUGUCACUGGGGGUGCUGCCUGCCCUGACCGUGAUGGGGGAUACAUGAAGCCCCCACCCCUGCCUCCACGCCGGCGCUCGGCCACUGGCAAUACCACAGGGUCUCCAAAAGCUGGCUUCUCACCAGCCAUGCCAGAGAGCCCAGUAUCACCUGAGACAGCCUGCUUCUCCAAGCUGCACAGCUGGUACGGGCAGGAGAUCACGGUGCUGAGACGGGAGUGGCAGGAGAGGCAGAAGAGAGAACACCCAUGA